UCUUCUCCCAGAAUGAUGCUGGCCCUGAUACUUCUACAAUUUGUCACUGUUACAGGGAACACUGUCAUCCAACACAUAUUUGACAGACAAUCUACACUAAACAACCUUGAAGCUCAAGAGACUCCAGCCAGUAUCAACCAAGUUCGCUCUGAACUGAUUUGUGUAAGCCUCUGUUCCAGGGAUGACACCUGCGCUGCUGUGACGUUACAAGAUGGUCAGUGCUCCAUCUACCGCUCAUCCUUACUGACAUCUGGAAAGGCAAAACCAGGCGCCAGGACUUUGGUCAAGAAACAAGAUCAACUCGAUUCAGGAAAGCCAGUCCGUUCCUGCUCCGAUGUGAAGAAGGUUGACCCCAACGCAGGAGAUGGGGAAUACUGGAUCCACACUGAUGCCCCAUCUUUUAUCGGAUAUCCAUCAAAGAUAUUCUGCCACAACAUGAGCUCUGGAUCUCCCCAAGAGUUCGUGACUCUACCAUUCACAAACACAGCAGUGUAUCCUCAACUAACGAACCGAUACUGCCGGCAAGAAACGACUGUCAUGACUGGUAACGGAAUACCAAACGUUGGUACAACGCAUUUCUCUAAAAUCCGAGUCAAUAUUACGACAAUGGCUAUUGUUCGUGAUGAUUUCACCUUCACAUCUGGAACUGGAACACAACGCAAGUAUGGGGAGGCCAAGGACUGUUACACCGAAUAUAGUGAGUCCAGAAGUUGUACUCCCAAAGGCACAUUCAACAUCAACACUACAGGAACUGGCAUGAUCAUUGAUAAAAAGCAUGAAUGGAAGACCAUGAAUUGGAAGCCAUUCCCUCCGUCAGUGACCAGGUCAGCUGAUGGUACACAGAUAGACUUGCUAUGUGGUGGUUACUGCGGUGGAUGUGGACCAGUUGGGGGAAUCUUGCUGUUGCAGCCUAACCCGAAUGAGAACCUUCCACCAGAAGAUGCUGGGUCCCUGUAUUUCAAAUAAUAGGAUCACCCAUUGCAAUAGGUGGAGUUGUCAAGGAAGAUUGGAUAUAAAUCACCACAGAAACGAAGGGUCCUUUCCAAAUGUCCUAAUUCUUAAUAAAUUGUAAUACGAUAUCCAUAUGACAUGGGCUUGCAAUAUACAUUUCAUUUGGUCGACACAUCAGCACUUAUUUAUCCAGGUUUUGGAAUACAGUCAAGUCCCGUUAAUCCUACAUCGACGGUUGCAUAUGAUUAUGUCGGAUUAGCGAAAGGUUGUUCUGACGUGACUUGAAAUGGGAUGUCCUCGUCGA